ACAAAAUAUUUUUAAGGUGGAAAUUUUUAUUUGCCGUCAGACUAGCCUGCCAUUUGGACUUUUGAAGUGAAAACGAGCCACUGUACUAGAAAACUGAAGAUCGCUGUAUUACGACCACAUUCGUACAUUUAGUUUUACCACAAAAAAACAAACCCUUAAUUAAUAGGAUGUUGGAAUUUUAAUUUUGCAAAUCCGAAUGCGAAAUAAACAUGAACACCUUAACUGUAAAAUAUGUACUUGGUGUCAAUAACACACGAUUUCAAACUGGAUGCGCAAAUUGUACUGUAAUAUACAUUAGUAAUGGAUUUUUCAACUGCUAAAAUAGCCAUUCUCGACUUGCUUUCGAAAGUAGAAUCAAGUGAACUCCCCAAACUCAUUCAGUGGUUAAGGGUAUCCGAUGAACUGGAUGAGUGCUGCACUGACAACAAUGACAUUAUACUUAAAAGUAUUGCAGAAGAUCUUAGAAGUUGUUUACCUGUGGAAGCAAUGGUUAAAUCAGAACCCAGAGCUAUCCAGAAGAUGCUGAAGAACCCAGAACCCACGGUUCAUGUAGACGCGUUCCUAUAUGAUGAGGAGUUUGUUGACUCUCUGUGUGAGGAGGGGAAGAUGAGCAGGAACUACUGUUUAAACUGUGGAUCCCACAACACUUCUCCUUUGGGUUUCAUCUCGCACUCUUUCUCCACAUUGGAACUCAAGUUUCUUUUCCAUCAUGUAUUACCAGAUCUGACAGGGAAAGUGCUUGUUGAUGUGGGCUCCAGACUUGGGGCUGUGCUGUAUGCGGGCUAUUUAUACAGUUCUGCCUCCCAGUUAGUCGGGGUAGAGAUCAAUGCUGAUUUCUGCCAGCUUCAGCAAAUGGCAAUCACAAAGUAUCACUUUAAAGACAGAAUACAGGUAGUCCAUGCAGACAUUUGUUCCCAGAUUUCCCUCUUGCAAAAUGCUGAUGUCAUUGUUAUGAACAAUGUAUUUGAAUACUUUCUUGAUGCAGAAGAACAGACCAGGGCAUGGCAAUGUGUGAGUCAAAAUACAAGAAAGAAAGGAGCCUUACUGCUAACUGUGCCAAGCCUUCAACAAUCAAUUGAGCGACUUCAGUUUUCUGUACAGCUUAAUCAAUGGGUGGAAGAAGUUCCCCUUGACUAUGAAGUAUAUCUGGGGCAGGACACUGAUGCAGAUGCACUGAAGCAGGUCCAUCUCUACAGAAUACUUUAACUUAUCAAGGACAACAACUAUACCAGACUACUAGUGCCACAAUUCAGAAAGGUGGUGGUAAAACUCUUAUGGAGUACUAAUAUUUGAAACUGCUCUUAAACCACAUGUAGUCAAGCAUUUCAACAAACAGGCUCUGAGCUUCCUAGUUGUUGGAUUCCAAAGGUUGUGAAAUAUUCAUCAUGCUAAAAUAAUUGUGCUGUAAUUUGUAAAUUACAGUGGCUUUGCCAUGAGUAGACUUUUUGUUCGCCACACCCUUAUACUGUUUUUUGUUAUAAUAUAUAUCUUUAUUAAAUGUGUCUUUGUAUGCAGUAAACCUCUUGAUACAAA